UUCCCGAUUCCCGAUUCCCGAUUCCCGAUUCACCUAUCGGUGGAGGAAGAUGGAUUGACGGAUUGAUGGAUUGUUGAUCUGGCAAUCUCUUCGCUCCCAGCGGAUUGAGUUCCCGACAGGAGGAGAAUGGAGAGGUUUAAGUGGAUCCAACGAUCACUUCUUGGCGACGAUCGGGAACAAGAAGACGACCUGCUGGGUGAAUUCGGCGAUGGCUCCUGCUCCCUUUCCCCUCUCCAGAGAUUGUAUGGCUUCGCCGCGUCUCUUGUCAUCGGAUUUGCAUUUAUGCUGUUGUCCCUGGUUGUUUUCUAUAAACCGAUCAAGUUCGCCGUACUGUUCACCUUCGGGAAUCUGUUUGCAGUGGGAAGCACAGCCUUCCUUAUCGGGCCAGUACAGCAAGCAAGAAUGAUGCUUGAUCCAGUGCGAGUUUAUGCGACGAUCAUAUAUGUCGGCAGUGUUGUUGUUGCUCUUGUUUGUGCUCUUUGGGUUCAUAGCAAAUUGCUUACGGUGAUUGCAAUUGUAAGCGAAAUCUGUGCUCUUGUAUGGUACAGCUUGAGCUAUGUUCCUUUUGCUCGGCGUAUGGUCUCUGAGCUGCUUAUAAGUUGUUGUGACACAGAGCUUUAAAUGCGAGCUGAAAGUGUUUGAUUGUGCCUCUCAAUAAACUCUAUUUAUCAGCUAGAUUUGUAUUCAUUCCCUUGAUGAGUUGAUUCUGUAAAAAAUUGCAUCACAAAUACAGAUCAAAUUACCUGCUUGUCGCGUUGGCGUUUGCACCAAUUCAGACCCGUUGUGUUGUUUCUGGUCUUGUAAAGUUAAAGUGACAGUUUUUCCUGUUAAGAGACGUUUUCUGUUUUUCUUACCGAUGUUUGAAUGAAAUCCUACGAAUGAAGAUUUGCCAUUGA